UCGAACAUGGCGGACAUUGUGAGCUUCAUCAGACUUUGUACAUUGCUUCAGCUUGUUGUGUGUCAAUUUUGCUGGUGUGAUAGUUCUGUUAAAAUCCUCGAUGAUAAAUCUUUUGAGCACUUGACUCAAGCCUCAACGGGAGCAACAACUGGAGAUUGGUUGAUAGUUUUCUCUUUCACUGAACGGGAUCCAGAGUGUGUACAAUGCAAGAAAGCAGAUGAGGCAGUUGAGAAAAGUCAAGAACGGUUGGGCCACAAGUUGAAUUUUGCCAGAGUGUUACCACCUAGAAGUAAAUUGACACUUAGAAGAUUCGAUGUUCACAAAUGGCCAACUGUUCUUCUCCUUAAACAGGGCAAACAAUAUCAUUACUCAUCAGAGAAUCUUGAUGCAGAGUCUUUUGUAAAUUUUGUCGAAGAAGGUUACAAGCUGGCAGCAGUUACACCAGUACCACCUCCUAUAGGAAAAUUCGAUGUUUUCCUUGAAGAAAUCAUGGAUGAUGUAAGGCACAUUAUAAUGCUGAGAAAAAAUGCAGCUGCCAUGAUUUUUAUUGCGGGAAUACUGUUUGGUCUAAUGAUCACACCAGUACUUAAAUUGUUGGUGGUAUGUCUCUACAACUCGUUCCUACAAGAACCAGACUCAGACCAAAACUUUGAAGAUGAGGGUUUGGGAAAAGAUGAAGUUGAUGAAGAUGAAGGAGAGGAAGAAAAGAAAGACAGAUGAAAUGGCCAACUGUUGUGAACUUGAUACAUAUAAUGCUCUAUCAGAUCUCUGAGACCAUCUUAGAACUUGGGUUCUAUAAGAUGUUUAUAGACCAUAUUAUUCUAACCAGUCCCAAAGGAGAUUAUUCUUGCUUACAUUGAGGCCUCUAAUGAACCUUAGAUUGACUUAUUACUUCUGUGUUGAAUCGUCUCCAGAGACUUAUUUAUUACUAGUUGUUUAGUAUACACAUAAAGAAGAUCUUUUCAUAGCUUUUCUGAUAAAUUCCAAUCAGCACUAGAAAAACGUUAUAUUUAAGAAACUAUGAAACAAUUAUUUUACAAACAGAUUUCAUGUUUCCGUGCGUCUAUUCAGUAAAAGAUCACAGGUAACGUCAAAAUAUGAUCAGAACAAACACGUGGCACAUGAGGCGCAGCCUAGUGUGUCACUGAUAGUCUUACCACAUUUUGAGAUCUUUAGUGAACUAUUACGGAACAGACCAACGGUAAUAAGGAAACUAUUUGUUUUAUGUUUAUUAGAAAUAAGCAAAAUUUGUAGAUGUUAAUGACAUCUAUACGACUAUCCUCGAAUAGAUCAUGAGUAGGAGCCAAUCACAAGUUGUGUUUACACUGUUAUUUGGCCUAUUAUCUAACAACAUAAACAAUCAUCUAACAUAGAGUAUGUUUAUGGCGUAAUAUGCAGAUAAAUUCCUAUUAAAACAUGACAAACACCUCA